CUCCCCCUCCUCAUCUUCUCCCCUUUGCCCUCUUCUCUAGCGUUAGAUACUCAUACACUAUCACCAUGGCUCUCCCCAUUCUGCUCUGCAUUGCUUCCCUCCUCUCAUUCCUCUGCCAAAUCGAAGCCAGAAUCCCCGGCGUUUUCACUGGAGGUGCCUGGCAAUCUGCUCAUGCUACUUUCUAUGGAGGAUCCGAUGCUUCCGGCACCAUGGGUGGAGCUUGUGGGUAUGGUAAUCUGUACAGCCAAGGGUACGGAGUGAACACGGCGGCAUUGAGCACCGCACUGUUCAACAGCGGCUUCAGCUGCGGUGCGUGCUUUGAGAUUAAGUGUGCAAACGACAGAGAGUGGUGCCACUCGGGCAGCCCUUCCAUCUUCAUCACGGCCACUAACUUCUGCCCACCAAACUACGCCCUUCCAAACGACAAUGGCGGCUGGUGCAACCCUCCCCGCCCCCACUUCGAUCUCGCCAUGCCUAUGUUCCUCAAGAUCGCCGAGUACCGCGCCGGCAUUGUCCCCGUCGCCUACCGCCGGGUGCCAUGCAGGAAGCCAGGAGGGAUAAGGUUCACGAUCAAUGGGUUCAGAUACUUCAAUUUGGUGUUGAUCAGCAACGUUGCGGGUGCAGGGGAUAUAGUGAGGGUGUACGUGAAGGGGACGAGGACAGCUUGGAUGCCGAUGAGCAGAAACUGGGGGCAGAAUUGGCAGUCAAACGCGGUGUUGGUGGGUCAAGCGCUGUCGUUUAGAGUGACCGGCAGUGACCGGCGCACCUCCACCUCAUGGAACAUCGCUCCUCCUCACUGGCAAUUUGGUCAAACUUUCACCGGAAAGAAUUUUCGGGUCUGAUGAAAAAACCCAUUAAAAUAUUAUUUUAAAGAAAAGCCCAAAUUUCUAUGUGUUACUAUUUCUCCAGUUUGACUGCCAAGUUUCAUGGGGAAUGGUUUUUUUUUUUGACUGGCUGUUUUGGAAGACUGUGGAGGAAUUUAAAAAAGAAAAAAAAAGAAAAAGGAGUGAGAAAGUGAUUCACGACUUGUUGACUUUUAUUUUAUGGUGGGUAGGUGCGUGGGGCUCUACUUUGUACGGUGAGAGUAACUAUACAUGAAAGGGGGAAAAUGUAGGGAAUGCUGAAGCGGCUAAUCAAGCAAGGUGGUAGCCCGCAGCUAAUUAAGAAGAUUAUAUAUGUAGCUUUAUAUAUAUGUGGAAUGUAAGCAUGUGUACUGUGGUUAGUUAACUUACAGUUCAAUGGGAAUGGUCAAUUAUAAGGUUUGUUUGAUUCACUGUCA